GCCACUGGGCAUGCGCAGAAAAAGGUGCAACAGUGGCAGGAGGAAAGCAACAACAUUCAUUGGAAGAAGGGUGGAACUUAUGGCAGCGCGAGGCGACCCCAGAUCUGACUGAUUUAGUUCACUUCUGAGCCUUUAUUCAAUUCCGCUUGAUCUGUAAAUGGUGUCGAGCCCAUGAACCUGGCCAGUCAUAGCGGAGAGGCCGGCUGUAGCCAGCUGCUCUUCGCCAACUUUAAUCAGGAUAACACAUCCUUGGCAGUUGGUACGAAGUCUGGGUACAAGUUUUUCUCCUUGUCAUCCGUGGACAAAUUGGAACAGAUAUAUGAAUGUACUGACACAGAAGAUGUGUGCAUCGUGGAGAGACUGUUCUCCAGCAGCCUUGUCGCAAUUGUCAGCCUUAAGGCACCUAGGAAGCUGAAGGUCUGUCAUUUCAAGAAGGGGACAGAGAUAUGCAACUACAGUUACUCAAACACUAUACUGGCUGUGAAACUAAACAGACAGAGAUUGAUAGUGUGUUUAGAAGAGUCACUCUAUAUCCACAAUAUUAGGGAUAUGAAAGUACUACAUACCAUUCGGGAGACUCCUCCUAAUCCUUCAGGACUCUGUGCCCUGUCAAUCAGUAAUGAUAACUGCUACUUGGCCUAUCCAGGAAGUGCAACAAUUGGGGAGGUACAAGUUUUUGACACGGUCAACCUGAGGGCAGCAAACAUGAUCCCUGCCCACGAUAGUCCACUAGCAGCUCUGGCAUUUGAUGCAAGUGGAACUAAAUUGGCAACCGCCUCUGAGAAGGGCACUGUAAUCCGGGUGUUCUCUAUUCCAGAGGGCCAAAAGCUGUUUGAGUUUAGGAGGGGAGUAAAAAGAUGUGUAAGCAUCUGUUCCCUCGCCUUCAGUAUGGAGGGACUCUAUCUUUCUGCCUCAAGCAACACUGAGACGGUUCAUAUUUUUAAGCUGGAGACGCAGCGAGAGAAGCCUCAAGAGGAACCCACUACUUGGACGGGAUACUUUGGGAAAGUAUUGAUGGCCUCCACAACAUAUCUGCCUGCUCAUGUGACGGAGAUGUUCACUCAAGGAAGGGCAUUCGCCACAGUCCGAUUGCCCUUUUCAGGUCACAAGAACAUCUGCUCUUUGGCUGUAAUCCAAAAGAUCCCACGCCUUCUUGUGGCUGCAGCAGAUGGUUAUCUUUACCUGUACAAUCUGGACCCACAGGAAGGAGGAGAGUGCACGCUAAUGAAACAACAUAAGUUAGAUGGAAGUACAGAGCCAGCAAAUGAAAUACUUGAACAGACAGCACAUGACCGGCCAUUUGUGGCACAGACCCACAGUGCUGGUGUUGCCAAAGGUUACAGUGAGGAUCAGGGGGCGGUAGGGGGUGCUGGCGUGGAGGAUGACAUGAACACUCUGCACCUGGACGACGAGAAUGAGCAGCCUCCCUUAAUCCUGGAAACAGAAUGAGCCUCUGCUAGUCACGCCCUGGCCAGAAGAUGGAGUCGACUGAGUGACAUUGCCAAGGGGGGGCUAUCCUCCUCUUGAGCGCUGCUAUGGACAUGUGUGACCUGAUACAGAAGGGAUUAAAAGAGAGAGAAUUUUAAAGCAAGCCUAGCUGUAGCCUUACUCUGUCUUGUUGCGUAUAGAUGUUUUCCUACCCCCACCCACCCUUGUGGCUUUAUAGAAUCUGGUGAAUUUUUUUUUAAUGCCCAGACAUGUCCUUAAUCAGACCAAAAUAUCCGAGCUGCAGGUGUCACGUCUUUUAGCUUUGCAUGUACAUGUGCCAAGAAUAGACAUUCUAGAAAACCUUUGCUUUCGUGUUGUUGGUUCUGAAGUGUUUGCUGGCCAUUUCUCUUUUUCCAAUGUGAUUGAAAGCUAGCUGGCUUGCGUUGCCUGCUACAUCACAUGACUGCAAUGUCUGCAUUGUGGAGUCCCAUUUAAAUAAUCAACAUUUGUGGCUGUGCCGUGACACCAAGCUGUGAAUUGUGUCCUGUAAUAACAAUGUAUAUGACAUGUUUAUAUGGCAGCCUGGUUAUAAUUACUGUUUAAAAUGACAUUAAUGGCAUAAACAGUGUUUAUAAGAGGCUUAUAACAUUACCUGGAUGUUUGUUUUUAGUUUUUCCUGAGUUAGUGCAUCUGUAAGCACAGAUGCUUUAGAAUACUCUCUUUUAAAGAAUCCCAAGCCACGUUCUGGACUAUUUGGUUGACCUAUUUAGCGCACAUUUUUGGCUUUUGAAUUACCCUCAGUGUCUUCCUGUGGCCUGAGUUGAUAAUUGGAUAAUUUUAUUAUUUCAAGUUCCAAACACUUCUGUAACCUCAGCAGAAGGAAUGGCUUAAAGAAGGCAAUUAAUGUACUGAUUUGGAAAAUAAUUAGUCUGAGGUUUCAAUGGGCAAUCAGUUGCCAUCUUGUUUCUAGAUACAUUUUAUUUAGCUCAAGUCAUGUCCUGUCUCUUCGCUUUUGCUCUCUAAACCAACAGCGAUGAUAGCUCAUGAAAUAACGGGGCAUCGUUUUAGGUGAGUUCUAUCUUGAGGUCAAAAAAACAUUGAAAGUCUAAUGUUUUGAAAAAGGGAAAACCACAAUAUAUAUUUCUAAAAGACAUCUGCAUUCUCUGUCUUGUGACAGUGAAAUGUAAAAUGUUGUAAGCAAGAUGGCGUGAGCUUACAAAAGGCAUAUGUUCCCACAGACAUCCCUGUGGACCACAGUCUGUUAAACAAACAUGGCUGGAGCCCAGGUCACAUGGUCUGGCUGUUUAAUCAGAACAGGUCAAAUAUAAAGUGUGAUAUCCAGGGUUCCUGAGUUCUUGUGAGAAAAUAGAGGACCAGGGCUUAAGAACGUGAUUACCAAUUAUUCACAGUACCGCUAGCCAGCGUGCCCAACUAAGCACACUUUUUUUUUUUUUUUUUAAGCAUGAUUGUUUCUUCAGCACGUUUUGAUGUUGCUUGUCAGCAUCAUUACUCAAUCGACUUGUGUUUUCAUCAGCCGAUGAACUCUAAUGCCCCAAGGCCUCUUUAAUGUUUUCUAAUGAUUUUUGUAUAAAAUGCAAAUUGUUCCAUAUAUAAAGAUUAAAUAAAUCCUCUGUUG